AGCGGUCUGUCUAUUCUUGCACAAUUCAACACGUGGCGCUUCUGUCGCCUUUUCGUAUCUCUCUUUAUCCCUUUCUGGUAUCACAUCUCCAAAUCCAAAUCCAAAUUCCAAAGUGUGUGUCAAUGUGAAAAAUUCUGCGUCUACUUUGGAAACAAUCAACAUGUUGGGAGAAAAUCGUUUUUUUUUUCGCUUUGUUUAUCUUUGUGACCAACAGAUUCAUCAAAUACUUGUAAAUCUGCAGGCUCGAGACGAGAAGCAACACUUGCGACAUGUAGUUAGACAUCUAAAAGAUAAAAUGGAGAAAAUUAGAUAAAUGAUUGUUAUCUCUACCGAAGUACGUAUUGCUUUACGCUAAAAAGUAGAUAAUAGAUUGUUACCUCUACCGAAGUACGUAUGGCUUCUCUUUUGCGUAAAAAUCUUUGUCAAUCAAAAUGUACUAAUGUGAAUAUGGCUUACCCACGUAUUGAUUCUAUGGCUUGUUACCCUUUUUAACUUUUUCUUUGACCUCUACUUCAAUGACAAAAUAUAAAAUGGCAGCUGUCAACAAUAAGAACAUGAUCGAGAGUGGUCGUGCUGAUCAUGGUUGUGACGCGAGGGCAAAACGACGACGGCUCGAACAAGAGGCGGCCGAGGAUGAUAUCUCUGGGCUUUACACAGCACGUGAGCAGAAGGAAAUGCCUCUAGUACAGCAGAUGGAGCGACUACUCGGUCAUCACAGAAAAGGAAGUGGAGGCAGCGCGUCGUGGACUUCACCAAGAUCUUCAAUUAAGGCUCACCUUUCAUUGGUCAUAUCAUUGAGGUUAGUCACUGAGAUCGCUCUUGAGCGAACAGGGGAAAACGAAGGGAAAGCAAAGGCAUGGGGCCCUUUUCUUUCAGAAUCAGUGACCAGUGACUGCUGACCUUUAAUUCAAGUACGGAGUCAAGUGGGAUGAACAGCAGCACUUCUGCGGACCUCAUUGAAGGUUCACCUUCAAACAAACGCGACCCUUGUAAGAAGCCAAGUCGUCUCUGUAGGACGAGCCCAAGUGCUUCCUGCAGGCAAGCGCUCUCGAUUUUAAAGCACAUGGCGAAGGAAGCCGUUCCUCUGCGAACGAAAAUACCGUUUCAUAAACCCGUGUGGGUAGCGGACGAAGCACCGAAUGUAAGUUAAGGCUGCUGGUAUAUGAAUGCUUCGGUCCUCGCUGAUUGGUUGAACGCGUUGACAGCCAUUGCGUCGUUGUUGAAUCUGUUUCGUCUUGCUGGUAGUCUAGGAUGACUAUUUGAGACGCGAAUGAAUGAUGUGCCACUAUAUGUGAUGAACUAAAAACUGCUAUCUUUUCUUUAAACUACUCUAAGUACUGCUGAACGGCCUGUACCUAGCCUUGGAGGGAGCGUUCAAGACGAUACAUACGAUGGGUGACGAAACUUGCGCUCAUGAAUCAUCGGACGAGCAUAACCCCGAGGACAUCAAAAGGGCAUCCUCGUCUCGUGAUCAACCUUUGGAUGAAGUUCCUUCACCCUCGCGUCGACGACAACGUACUAGUGCGAAAAGGGAGGAAACUGAGGAUGACGUGGAAGAAACCCUUUCCUCUAGCCUUAGAAGUAGUCCCCUUAGAAGAAGCCUCGACCAAGAAUUGAUGAACGACGAAAAUGUGGAAUUACGUGCUUGUGUCACCAUUGCAAGACGACUGGCCAUUACUGUCCUGGAGACAGAGAGUUAAGAUUUCUACUUUUGUGGUUGAUUCAUUGCGUAAGAAGUGCCUAGCAUCUUAUAAAUAAUCCGAGUUUUGAAUAUAGAUUGGACGAUGAGAGUACUGCUCAGUACAGUAUCGUUUCAGGCAAAGUGAUUUCUUUUCGACAAAGUAGACUGUGCACCAGAAGGUCCUCAAGGUUUACAUUUCAAUUUCAAGCUCUUGUAGUUCUUCAGUGGCACUUCGAGUCCUACUUAUGAGUACUUCGCCGUUCUAAGCAAAGAGGGAGCUGGUCUGGAACCGCCGUGGGCCUGAGUUCGUGCGUGCCUGGAAACAGAGAAUAGAAGAGGUAGAAGCGACAGCGCCAUUGAACCUAAGUUACAAUCCUUUCCGCGUUGUUGCGCGGUGACAAGCCUUGGGUAGGAUAAUCCUAAACCCUAA